UGUUACAGCAGGUUAACAGACAGCAUUAGAUGGUUUCAUCAGUAGGCCUCUAUGUUUAGAUGUGCAGUAAUUAUAUGAUGACAAUGACAAAUGAAAGUGAAAGAUCUCUGUAGAAACAGCUGAAGCAGUGAGCUAUGGAAUGCCGGUUUUAAGAUGCUGUAUUUUACUUGAAAACUAAACAAAACUUCAACCGUCAUAAGUACUUCAGAGGAGAGGAGAGGAGAGUUCAACGUUUGUCACUAAGUCUGUGGACAGGGCCAUUUACACAUUCAGAAAGAAAAAGAGGAAAGACAGAAGCGGAAUUCAUCUGAGAUUUAGCCACAACGGUAAAGCAGAGGAGAGAAGGACUUACGGAGGAGGCUUCGCCAGACCUCUGAAGAAGGGGGGAGACAUGGAACACACCUGGGUUCUGACCGCUGUUUACCUCCUGGUUGUCUCGGCUGCUGUUACAUGUAACGGUGUGGCAGAACACAAUCACAAUGAAUCAGCGACUGCUGAGCCAGUGGUACAAGCUCGAACAGAAUAUUUUGCAGAGGGCAAAGACGCUAACAUAACUUGCAGCAAUAGGACAUGGUCUGACAUGGUAAUCCAUUUCAUCUGGAAAAUAAACAUCAGUGGAGUCUAUUGUCUUAUAAGUGAAGCUACCAAGAAUACUCCGCACAACAACUGCACAGGAGGGAAAGUGCUCCGCAACACCAGCAAGGGGGAGUCCUACCUGCACAUUCCCCACUUUGGAGUCCAAGAUGAAGGGACAUAUAAAUGUGAAGCGGUGUUCAGAGGUGAAGCUGAAGAGGUGAAUGUUACAGUGCGGGCAGCAGUCCCUCCUGUCCUCACUACCAGAGAAAAGUGGGUUCAUGGUCAGCGGUUUGCUGUCUGUUCUGCUGCUGGGGGAAAACCAGCGGCCAAAGUGUCCUGGGAGGAGAUGUGGGGAUUCUCCGAGGUCACUGAGAAGUCAACCAAAAAUGCAGAUGAAUCGGUCACAGUUGAGAGUUGGCUGCAUUUGCAAAACAAUGACACAACGGACAAGCUGAUCUGCGUAGCCAGUCAACCCUCCUGGACUAACGAGUCAGUCUUGGUGCUUGAUGCUUCGAGCCAAUAUCGUGCAGACAAAUGGGCCAUCGUAAUAAUCUGUUGCACUACCCUGCUCAUCGUGCUGUCAGCGGUUGUCUUUUCCUAUGCUGCCCGUGAGCACCUCAGAAAAUUUAGCUCAUUCAUCGACCAGUGCUGCAAGUCUGAAGGGACCUCAUCCAAUGAGUCCAAACAGCCACAGGAAGUGGAGGAGGUUGAGCCUUAUGAGAGCUAUGUGCAGCGCGUCAACUCCAUCUACAACUCCUCUGCGGACCUCUUCGGUGUCUGACACACAGCAUAGGCACAGCAGCGCUCAUCUGCUGGAAGAUAUGUGUGUGUAUGUGUGUGUGUGAGUGUGUGUGUGUGUGUGUAGUGUGUAGUGUGUGUGUUUAUAAGCGUGCGUAUGUGCAGUAAGCAGCUUUUGGGAUAUGAUGGUGAGGAGAUAACUCACUUUUGAGGUGUAUUAACCACGGUAGUGAAACACUUGCAAAACCAAAAUGUGCUUUUAAAUCCGAUGUUUUUGAGCAUCACAUUAUGGCACGCCACAAGAUGAGGAAUGUCUUAGAUGGCUUAAGGUCUUCUAGACAUAGGACUUGGGUACUGUAACAUGUACUGUCUUCAGACAUCCGGAUGCAAAAUAAUAUAUUGUAUAAUGUAUUUAGAAAGAUUCUAAAUAUGGACAUAGUUGAGGUAGCAAAAGUCUUCUCAUCUUAUCCAGUGAAUGCACUCAGGUCAACUCAGGAGUAUGAACAAAAGAAUAAAACAGGCAACACUGUGUACACAUGAAGGUGAUGGGAUUUAGCCAGAAGACGAUAACGAUGCUCAUGAGCCAUUGAGUAAAUUGGCACGUUUUGAUUGCUGCUGGACAGUCAGGAGACAAUGAGCAAUGCCUUUUAUUACAUGUCUGUAUUGUAGCAGCUAUUUGGUGCACUUGUUAAGAGUGCAAGUUGUCUAUUCAAAUCGAGAUCACACCACACCACUCACUCUCGCACUUACACACACACAUUCUCUCUCUCUCUCCCUCACAGGUACACACACACACACACACACACACACACACACACACACACACAGCCUACCAUUGCGGAGGCCUGAAAACGAUGCUUCUGUACAGAGUUGGAAAACAGAAUAGUAUAGAUUCGGAAACAGAACAGUCAUACAGCGUGAUGUAGAUAACUGAGUUCCGUGGGAGGGCAGCCAUCUGAUUGGCUCACAGGGGACCUGAGCGGGUCAGGAACAAGUCCCAGGUCCAUCUAUCAAGUCACGCUGUGACUCAUAGCAGGAGGAGUUCUACAUGAGAGGUAGCUGGAGAGAGUGAGAACACCGGAGAGAGCGAACAAAAGAAAAAGUGUGUGUGUGUGUGAGAGAGAGAGAGAGAGAGAGAGAGAGAGAGAGAGAGAGAGAGAGAGAGAGAGAGAGAGAGAGAGAGAGAGAGAUACGUCACAGAGUGAGAUGUUCUCUCUGGUUCUCACCUGAAUCAGAAAAAGUUCUGUGAAAACUGGCAAACAAACUGCUAUGGGAGAGGAGAGAGGUGAAGCCAAAAUGGCCGUCGAGCACAGUACUCCUGACAGAUCCAUGUACUGUACCUUACUGGUAUAUGAUUUAUUUGCCAUACACAUAUCCCCAUACAGUUCAAAACGAGUCACAAGUUCUCUUUUCUAAACAUUUGGUGAACAUACUCUAAUACAGGCUGAAUAUGAGCAGCACAAAACCCAGAUGAUUUUAAUAUAGAUAUUUAUUGAAAAAUGGAAUAUCAUUUCUGUACUACUCAGUUCUCGGGUCAGUUUUCAGUUCUGUUUGUGGUACCAUGGGACAGAAGUGCAAUCUGCAGGCAUUUCAGUGAAACUACUAUUGUCUUUUACAGUGUUGUCAAGGGUACUGUUUGAAUUUGCAACACAUUAUGUAUAUAUACUGUACUAAAUACAUAGCAAUUAUAAAAUUAUUGAAAGUUCUA